UGCCACAUUUUAGGUAUGCAGAACAUUGGGCUUUCACAUUUCCCAGCAGUGAUGAAGCUCCUUUUAGCACGCAUCAUUAUUUCAGCUGUGAUGAUUUCUGUACUGCUGCUUAAAUGUCACAGUAUGGAAAUAAUUGGAGGUAAAGAUGUGCCAGCUCAUACUAAGCAAUACAUGGCUCUGUUAAGGAUGCAUAACAAAUCCAAUAACAAAAUGCAUUUAUGUGGUGGAGCGCUAAUAAAACCACAGUGGAUUUUAACUGCUGCUCACUGUUUAUGGAAACAGUGGACAUCGAAGGAAGUUAUGGUUUAUCUAGGAUCUGUCAAUAAUCCAUUUACAAUCACCAAGAACUAUGACGGUACAGUCUUUGAAGUGCAGGGAGCAUAUCUUCACCCUGAAUAUCAAAAACUUCCAGAGCAUGAUCUUGCACUUAUCAAGUUAAAAAAGCCAGCUUCUCCUGGUAAGGAUAUUGCCGUCCUAAAUCUGCCAGAAAACUCAGACGAUGUUAAACCUGGAACUCUGUGCAAUGUGGCAGGGUGGGGAAUGACAGGAUCUGACUAUACUAUUUCCCCUGUUCUUCAAGCUGUUGAUAUUCACAUCAUUGAAAGGAAGAAAUGCAGAUUACUUUAUGAAGACAAAAUAACAGAGAAUACACUGUGUGCUGAUGACAAGAAUAAAGAUGCUUGUUUGGGAGAUUCUGGUGGUCCACUGAUAUGCGAUGGCAUUUACAGAGGCAUUGUGUCAUGGGGAGCACAGAAAUGUGGCACAGCUCCUACUGUCUAUGUACGAUUAACAGAUAUGCACCUGCAGUGGAUACACAAAACAACAGGGCAUAAUUAAGUUGAUGCUGCAUCUGCUUUGGAAUUGUGUACUUCUGCCAUAGAUACUAGCAUGCAGACUAUUAUACAGCAAUAUAAGAAGUGAUUAUAAAACAAUAAAUUGGUAUUUCUUAGAAGCUUA